AUUGCCUUUAUUUUGACUUAUGUACCUCUCACUUUCUCUCUGAAUAAAUUGAUUUUUUUUUUUUUAUCACAAUCCAAAACAAGCAUUCUUCUCUCAUUAAAAGGGCACCAAACCAUACCAGCAGGCCCUCACCAAAGUUUUCAUAGAAAAGUUUUUAGACCCCUGGUUCCUUAAGGAGGUCAGCAUUUAUCCAAGAGAUCAGAACGGGUCUUAAGUUCUGUUUAGAGAGAGAGAGAGAGAGAGAGAGAGAGAGAGAGAGAGAGAUAGAUGGGGAGGGCUCCUUGCUGUGACAAAGCAAAUGUGAAGAAGGGGCCAUGGUCUCCAGAAGAAGACUCCAAGCUCAAGGAGUACAUAGAGAAAUAUGGUACUGGCGGGAAUUGGAUUGCUCUUCCUCAGAAAGCUGGUUUAAAGAGAUGUGGGAAGAGUUGCAGAUUGAGGUGGCUAAACUAUCUGAGGCCUAACAUCAAACAUGGGGAAUUCACUGAUGAAGAAGACAGGAUCAUCUGCAGCCUGUUUGCUACGAUUGGGAGCAGAUGGUCAAUUAUAGCUGCUCAGUUACCAGGCAGGACUGACAAUGAUAUCAAGAACUACUGGAACACCAAGCUGAAGAAGAAACUCAUGGUCAUGGCUGCUGCUCCUCCACAAUCCCAAAGAAAGCCACCACCAUACCCACCCUCGUCAUCUGAAUCUUCCUUUUCAUCACUGUACAAAGACUACACCAUCCCUUAUUACAGUACCUCAACAAAAUCCUUCACAGGGUUUGAACCCAUUUCCUCUGUUCAUCAAUCUAACCUUUUGCACAGCACCUCUGGCUUGGCCAGUACCAACCCUUCUUUCCUUCGGAACCCUGAAAAUUUGGUUUGUCCUGUUUAUUACCCAUCUAUGAAAGACAAUUUCCUGAUGUUUGGUAGUGAAACAAGCUGCAGUACUUCUUCUGAUGGAAGUUGCAGCCAGAUCAAACAAGAGGACCAUCACAUGGGUAGUACUAAUUUUCAGAGUUUUACAUCCUCUCGUGCAUAUGAAGAUCAAACCCACAAAUUAAUGGUGAGUUAUGGGAGCAAUGGAGGUGAAAAUGUGAACCAGUGGAAUGAGAAGGCACAUGGGUACUGUGGAGAAACCCAAACGGUGGACUAUGAUCCGGAAGAGGUUAAGCAAUUGAUUAGCUCAAGUAGUACUAGUAAUGGCAUCAUUAACAACACCAACUUCUUGUUCAGUGAUGAAAACAAGACGCAAGAGAAGGUCAUGUACUACUACUACCACUGAUUUGAGCACUGACUGCAAGUAAAAUCAGAAAGAUUUGAUGGGGUAAGGGAAGGUGUGUGCGUGUGGAGUGGAGGUUUGCAUUUCUUAUUGGGAAGUGAUGAAUGAUGUUGUGGAUGUAAGAAUCUACACUCCCUGGAACCCUCCAAUGAGAAGUUAAUGUUCAUGAAAGCUAGAGGAAAGUUAUCAUCUUUCCAAGAACAAAAGAUCUCUUGUCAA